AUGGCGUCGCUGGCCGCAGCCUGGCGGACCGGCUCCUCGCAUCCGCUGCGCCGUGCCGCGGCGAGGGGAGCCCUGGCCGUCCAAGGCGCGAGACAAUAUGCCUCCGUGCCCGGCAGGAACAAGAUUGUCCGAGAACUAGACCGGGCGUCUCGCCAGAGCUCGGCCAAAAUGGCCAAGGAGCAGAGCAUGUCGGACCUCCAAAAGCUCGCCAAUGCCGAAUACUUCAAGGACGGCGGCGGCCCUCUCUUCCCAGGCACCUUCGUCUCCCUCCCGCUGUCGCGGCAGCCCAGGGCGCCGUACGAGUUCGUCCAGUACCAGAUGUCGCGCCUGAGGCACUGGCUGCUCUGCGCCACGUCGGUGCUCAACUUCAAGCUCAAGUCGAUGCCGAGCUGGACGACGCGGCCGAGGUGGAAAGCACGCCGGCGCGCCAUUGCGCCCACAGCAAAAGCCAUGUACCGCGAGAUGCUGGAGGCCUUUGCCGCCGGCGACAAGGUCACCCUGAACAAGAUCUGUCUCGGGGAGUUUGCCAAGAAGCUCGGCGCGGCGAUUGACCGCCGUGAUCCCAAGGAGCGCGUGCGCUUCGAGGUGGUCCGGUACAACGGGGGCCUGUUCUACCCCCGGUUGAAGUCUCAUCAGAUCCACGAGGUGAACCCCUUUGACAGGAGCGUGGUUACGGAGCAGGCCGUCGUGGCGAUUGCGUCGACGCAGCAGGCGUCCAGGGUCAGUGCUGCGACGGGCGAGACCGUCCCGGGAAGCUUGAGGCUGCAAGAAAAGAUUGAGUACGUCGUGCUGUCGAGACAGGCGAACCAGAGGACGUUUGAGACCUCGCCCUGGCGCAUAUGGGGUACUACCUCGGCGACGACGUUGGACGCCUACUUGCGGGAGAAGGCCGUCAUAGACAAAGAGCAGGCCAGGCGGGCGGGGUGGACUGGUUCGGCGACGAAAUGA